AUGGCUCAACUUGUAAGUACUUACCAAAAAAAGGGACUCGGACAAAGGUGCCAGAUCCACACUCUUACACUUUGCGGGUUGCCGCGUGUCUCUCGAUUUUUAUUUUAUCAAAAACCCCGAGACCUCGUGUCCGAUCACGAGGGCCUCUCAAGUCGUUUACCAAAAUUAGCAAUCCCUAUGCUCGCAAUCGAUACUUUAGGGAAUUACCCAUGCGAGCAAGGGCUACGACCAUUUACCGAUAAUCAAUACGCAAUAAGGGACACCGAGUGUGGAUCUGUUGCCAACACUAGGCGCAGGGAGGGACGCACACAGGAAUAA